AGACAGCGUCCCUAGCAACCAGACCAACUGAGCGGGGUGAUUUUGUAGACCGCAGACACGUCUUUUGUUUAGGGGCUCUCAGCUGUUGUAAAUCGUCGUAUAGUUUUGCAAUUACUUCCUACGACAUACUUAGUACAAUCAACGUCAACUGAUCUAACUGGUCCGUUUCCUGUCUUUCGACCGUCAUUAAAUCACUUCCGCUGCCGCUGCUGCGACACGGGACGUCAUCAGCUAUGGCGGACAAGGAAAAGCGCCGGUCCGGUGCCACCCCUCCAGGGGUGCCUGAGGGCAAAGCCACCAAAUCGGACAGCGACAGGGAGUUUCUGUCGCAGGCAGGGGUGGGAGAACUGCUCCGCGGGGGCAUCCUCAAGAUGGUAGAGGCCAGAUCGGACGACCCCAUCGGGUUCCUAGCCGACCACUUCUGCAACCUCGCCUCCGUGACAGAGACCGGCUCAGCUGGAUGCGGCGAUGGGGAUCCGUUGAACAACGGGCAUCUGAGCGCAGGUGCGCAGGAGCAGCAGGAGCAGCAGCAUCUCAACCGGGCGCUGUGGCACCUGAGGCUGGCGCACCACUCCCAGAGAUCUGCCUUCAGCAACAACGUGUGCGUGGCCUACGACCUUUUGAACCUCACUGGGCCCGGUAGGCGUCCUGCAGAGGUUUCUGAAGGCCAUGAUGGACCCACCACCGACAGCCCGACAGAAGGAGGAAGAGUAGGAGGAGGAGGAAGAGGAGGAGGAGUGAGAGGAGGCCUCUACACACAGACUCUGCAGUGCCUGUGCAGUGAGGGUGGAGUCCCCGCCUCCACCUCCGCCCCGCUCCUCCGACGCCUCCAUUGCCAAGACCAUGAGGCAGUCCCUUAUGAUGUCUUCCGUCACGGUGUCCUCACAUGUGCAGUUUUCUCAGACUACAUCCGGCAGGCUCAGAGGCUGUAUGCUGAAGUGUGCUGCCCGGAUGAAGGGCCUGCCUCGCGGGCACUGUGCAUGGCUGUGCUGGGGACCUUAAAGGAAGCCUUGGAGACUUCCCAAGGCUGUGAGACAACAUCCUGUGUUAAUGCUAAUACUAAAGCUACUUCCUGUCCGGAGGCUAACGUAAAGGCUAUACGCUACCUGGAGGCCAGUGCCAAGAUCUCUCCCUACAAGUUAGGUCAGGCCAUGGCGGGGGCACAGACACGGGGCCCAGGUGGUAAUAUGGACGCAAAGGAGUUUGAGAAUGCAGCGGCAGAGCUCUUUAUCACUCGAGUGAAAGUUGUGUCCUAGGUUUCUUGUCUGUUCUCUCAUAAUUUAUGAAUGUACAACAAUCUAAAGUAUAUCCUAGAGUAAAUAAUGACCUUCUGUGUACCUCCUCUAAUCUCAAACCUACACUCACAGAUAUUAUCAUCUCAAGUAGACACUAAAUCCUAUAAUUCCAUUGUUUGGAAGAUAACAUAUUGUAAAACAUAUUGUUUGUUGUCUUUUUUUAGAAAAUCAGCAAGCAGCUACUGUGCUGUGUGAAGGACAAGGAUUUCCUUUCCUAGACCAAAUGGUUUCCUUGAGACCAGUAUUGAUCCGGACAGUUUCCAUUAUUGCUCAGAUUGGAAAGUAAAAAUCUGUACUGUUCUACGCCUUAUCCAAUCCAAUACAACAACCCUGUUAUAAAUCCAACUUUUUCGAGCUCUGUGUCCUCUUGGAGGAUGUAGUUUGUGAUGCUGUUGUAUUGCAUUAUAUUUAAGUGUUUCUAUUGUUUUGUUAACCAUUUAUUAGAAACCGUUAUCCAGUUUGACCGAAGCCAAUUACAUACGCUAUCCUCAUGAAGGCAUUGUAGCAGAAGAAAUUUUGGGGAAUAAACCUGGUAUGUUCAUUUA